UGUUUGGGAGGAGAGAGAAAUAUAUUCUACCUCAGUACCACUAUCCUCGUCGUGCCGGGAAAAUUAAAUGAGCACACACCCUCACCCCCUCAGUUGGGUCCCAACUGAAUUUCACGCUAAUUCGAGAUGCGAGAACACUUGUGGAGCCCAAUUAAAGCAUAGCAAAGCCUGAGCAAACCCUGAGUUCGAGACCCUGACCACUAGGCCAAGCUUGGUGGUGAUGGUUUUAUCACGGGCGGCGGGUAUUGUCGCCGACGGUUCUGAGUGGGCUUACAACCCGAUGUGCAGGAAUAAUGUGGAAGAAGAUAUGGUUACCAUCGAUUGGAGCUUCUUCUGGCAUGGGAGAGGUACUCAACAUGUCUUAUGCAUAACAAGUCUUCUGAUUGAAGCUAGAUCAAGACUUCGAUUCCAACACCAUGCCUUUCGGGAAAUCGAGAUUUAAAAGGGUCAUAGAUGAUUCUGGACUAGGAAAUCUCCCUACAACCCAGCAAAACCAUGCAAUGGUGAACCCCAAAAGAUUUGGCAGAAAUUCUAGGGUUCUAUCAAGAGUCUUCUCUGAAGACUAUGAAAAAACGAGAACAAGAUCUGUAAUGGACCCGAGAAGCCGUGGCGCACGGAGAUGGAACCGGGUUUUCUUAGCAGCUUGUUUACUUUCUCUUGUGGUGGAUCCUCUCUUCUUUUUCUUGCAGGAAAUCACUCCAGAGAUGUGUGUGGAAACCAGUGUUCCCUUUCAAAUUGUACUUACAGUUUUGAGAUCACUUGUAGAUUGUUUUUAUGUGAUCAAUAUUAUUGUCCACUUUCGGACUGCUUUUGUUGCUCCUUCGUCUCGCGUUUUUGGGAGAGGAGAGCUUAUCAUAGAUUUGUGGAAGAUUGCUAAACAGUACCUUAAUAAAGGUUUCUGGAUCGAUCUCAUGGCCGCACUGCCCAUUCCACAGGUGAUGUUUUGGGCAGUUUUACCUAACCUAAAAGGUCCGACGAUUUCCAACACAAAUGCUGCCAUAAGGUUCAUUAUCCUAAUACAGUACAUGCAAAGACUAUUCAUGGCAUAUCCACUCUCAAUGAAGAUAGCCAAGGCCACUGGGAUUGUUACUGCAACAGCAUGGGUUGGGGCCGCUUAUAACCUCAUGUUCUACAUGCUGGGUAGUCAUGUUGUGGGAGGAACUUGGUACCUUUUGUCGAUAGAGAGAGAAGAAGCCUGUUGGAGGAGUGUUUGCGACCAAGAAAACUCGAUUUCUUGUACUUACAGCUACUUCGACUGCAGCACGAUCAAUGACCCCAAUAGAACUGCUUGGUUUCUUUCAAGCAAUGUCACAACCGACUGUAACCCAAUUAAUACCUAUUAUCAGUGGGGUAUAUAUGGUCCUGCAGCACAAUUUGGGAUUACCUCUGGCCUUUUCUUCAACAAGUUCUUCUCCUGCCUCUGGUUUGGCCUGAGGAAUCUGAGCUCUACUGGACAGAAUCUCUCAACUAGCAUUGACAUUGGAGAGAAUAUUUAUUCCUGCCUUAUUGCAACUGUUGGGCUGAUUCUCCUUGCCUUGCUCAUCGGGAAUAUGCAGAUGUAUAUCAUGUCGGCAACAGCGCGAUUAGAGGAGUGGAGGCUCAGGAGAGCUGAUACAGAGCAAUGGAUGCACCACAGGCAACUACCGCAGGAACUAAGACAGUACGUGCGGAAAUAUGAUCAAUAUAAGUGGGUUGCCACUCAAGGAGUUGAUGAAGAAGCUAUUCUCAAAGACCUCCCUACUGAUCUUCGACGACAAAUUAAACGCCACCUAUGUCUCAACUUAGUUCGACGAGUCGCGUUGUUUGAUCACAUGGAUGAUCGGAUGCUAGACUCAAUAUGCGAGAGGCUGAAGCCCACCCUAUGCACCAAAGACACAUUCCUAGAAAGAGAGGGUGACCCCGUUACUGAAAUGCUAUUCAUAAUCCGAGGCCACCUCGAUUCGUACACCACCAACGGCGGCCGCACUGGUUUCUUUAACUCAUGCUGGAUUGGCCCCGGCGACUUCUGUGGCGAGGAACUCCUAACGUGGGCUCUCCACCCGCACCCAAACGGAAUCCUCCCCUCUUCCACGCGCACUGUCAAGGCCAUUUCUGACGUUGAGGCAUUUGCACUCGUGGCAGAGGACAUAAAAUUUGUGGCGUCGCAGUUUAGGAGGCUACAUAGCAAGCAAAUAAGGCACAAGUUCCGCUUCCACUCACACCAAUGGCAGACGUGGGCCGCGUGUUACAUACAGGCCGCAUGGAGGAGGUAUAAGAAGCGGAAGGAACUGGCGGAGCUUCAUUUGAAGGAACACAAAGGCUUGGGGUCGUUCAUGGAUUUGGGUGUGAAUGGAGAGGAGGUAUCGGGGUCCCAAUCGAGGUCGGGGUUAGCAUGGUAUGCGGCGAGGUUGCGGAUGAGUACAAGGAGUAGCGGCUUUGGGUCGGACUCGGGCCUUAUGAGUCCGCAGCCGAAGCCAGCGGAGCCUGAUUUUUAUGAAGACUGAGGACGAUAAAUAGGUUUAGAAGCUUCAAUUCUGUCUUUCCUGUUGAAUUGGCCAUACAAGUGGACAUUUGACAUUGUACAAAACUCCUACAAAAAGAACUUAGCAGAAUUCUGGACAAUUUUGCAAUUGUUAACCAUAGUUGUGGACAAAUUUGACCUCCAGUUGAAAGGUGUGAAUCUGGACUGUCCAGUGUUGUUUCA